UUUGUUUAUAUUAUUUCGUCAAAUGAUUCUGGCUGCUGCACGGUUGGCUCUUCUCCGGCUGGGGAACGUACAACAGCCAGCGUCAGCAAAGUUUUAUUUGCCUUUCCUACACAUUAAAUCAGUGUAUUCUAGUCAGCCGCAUUUCGUAACGUGUGCUAGCAAGAAGCAAAAACUGCGGUAUCAGCGGUAUCUGGCCAGUAGCGAAGAACAGCAUUUUUAACAACUGCGCGACAACAACAACAAGCGAUCGUCAUCAUUUACCCCCAUACAUUCUUGUUUUCAGUAAUUUGUGAUAAGAUAAGCAUUUUCGUUCUGCCACACCACAUCAUCGCCUAGAGAAGAGCGCGCUCCAGUGUUCCAGAGAUAUGAGUCACAUACUGCUCUCAUACGUGUUUCUUCGAUCGUGUAGAGCUUGAACUGUCUGGAUUUUGCAGUCUUUCAGUUUGAUUCUAUAGAUCCAAUCGAUACAAUUGCAGCGCCACCACCAAACAAAAUCAUGUCCCUCACUAUACUAGUAACCGGCGGAGCAGGAUUCGUAGGUUCUCAUACGGUACUGGAGCUGCUGGCCGUUGGACAUCAGGUCAUUUGUGUGGACAAUCUGUGCAAUGCCUACGGGGCGGCUGGUUCCAAACUGCCAGAAUCACUAAAACGGGUUCAGGAGCUCGCGGGGAAAAGCGUUAUCUUCUACGACGUUGAUAUUCGCGAUAAGAAUGCCCUGCGAGAAAUCUUUAAAAAGCACAAAAUCGACUGUGUGGCCCAUUUUGCGGCACUGAAGGCAGUUGGCGAGUCAUGCAGGAUUCCUUUACAGUACUAUCAAAAUAACAUUACCGGAACCAGCGUACUGCUGGAGGUAAUGGAAGAGAGCAGCGUGUUCAACUUCGUGUACAGCUCGAGUGCAACCGUUUACGGUGAACCGCAAAAGUUGCCACUUAAUGAGAGCCACCCGACGGGCAACUGCACCAACCCCUACGGGAAGAGCAAAUACUUCACGGAGGAAAUCCUGAAGGACCUCUGCCUAUCGGACGCCCGCUGGUCGGUGAUAUCGCUGCGAUACUUUAACCCCGUCGGAGCGCACAAAUCUGGCCGAAUCGGUGAGGAUCCCAAUGGUGAGCCGAACAAUUUGAUGCCGUACAUCUCGCAGGUUGCUGUCGGACGACGGCCCUGUCUGAAGGUGUUUGGUAACAACUACGACACACCUGACGGAACGGGAGUGCGGGACUACAUCCACAUAGUGGAUCUGGCCGAGGGACACGUGAGCGCUAUCAAAAAAUUGUCCAGUGGUGAGUUGAAAGGUUUUGUUGUGUACAAUUUGGGUACCGGACGGGGGUACUCGGUACUAGAGGUGGUGGAUGCAUUUUCUAAAGCUUCGGGCAAGAAGAUUUCCUACGAAAUCGUAGAUAGACGUCCCGGUGACGUAGCGACCAGCUACGCCGAUGUUACACUUGCUGCGAAGGAACUUGGAUGGACGGCGAAACGUGGACUGAAGGAAAUGUGCGAAGAUACGUGGAACUGGCAAAAAUCAAAUCCGAACGGGUUCGCCGAAUCUCGCUAGAUCACAAUCAGCAACGGGUAUAAGAAAAAUACGAAGUAAGAUUUACUACAACAAUUGCGUUUAAUCAAAAGGCCAUUUAUUCCAAAGCUAUGUUUUAUGUUCCAUAAAAUGCCAUAGAUAGUAACAUAUUGCACACCUAGCUGUGAGUUGUAAUGAGACCAAAUAAAAGUAUAUAUUAAGGUGGGAAAAA